CUUUUUCCACUUUUGUGCAAGGUUCCAUGAAUGUUAAAUUAAGGGAUCUUAAUGGAACCACAGAUUCCAAUAAAGAACCUUUAUAUUUAGGAGUGUACAUCCCGUUCUGCGCUUGCAUGUGUGGUUUGUGUGAAGGAUACAAGUAACAGAGAGAGACAGAGAAGAGGAUGUGUCAACACAGUAAAGGGAAACACAUUGUGAGGCAGAGGAAGUGAUGUCUGAGGUUGAAACUGUGCUCUGCUAGCUUCACACGUCUGCACGUCAUUGCUGGCUUGCAUUCGCAUACAUGCACACGCGCGCUCACACGCGCAGACCGCUGUUCCGACACAGACACCGAGCCACUGCAGAUCUUUGCUGAGGAUGUGCGCUAGAUGAUAGACAAGAGAUUAUGGAGAUAAAGAAUAUGAGAGAAUGAGAAAAACAGACUAAAAAGGAAUUCAGUGAAGGAUGCAGCCGUGGUCCCUGAGGGAAAAGAGCUUGUGGUUGGCCAUGAACGGAGAGUCUCGACGAGGUGUACCUGACUCAGAAUAAACCCGACUGGGAGUCAAUAGGAGGUCCAACUUCAAUCAAUCCACAUACAAUCUGCUGGGGUUUGGCCUAUAAAUAUUAUUAAUGAUUAGAGCACUGUUGUGUAUUAGAAUUUAAAAUGGUUAAUGAGAGAUUGAAAUCAUAUCUGGAGCCUGUGCGGCUGUUAUUUUAUUCCAAGGCAGAAGGUUGCGCUCAGCCCUUCUGAAUAUUUUAGUGAAUGAGGGAACCUAUCGAACGGUGCUCUGCAAGGGCAACUGAAAAGUGAGAGUUUCCCACAACUUAAAAUCAUUAGGGCGUCAUGCAGUCAGACGAUCUCUUCAUCCGCAAGUUCCGCAGGCAGAGUCCACGCCCGCCCCUAGCGAGAGUGAGUUUUGACCCCAAGCAGGAUGGUGGAAGCGUGCGGACACGAGUUGUGGCCGAAUGGCCCCCCCAGGAGAGAAGGAGAGGGAACAAACAGUGACAGCGUCACACCCAAUGCAGCUGCGCUGAAUCUAAGGACAGUGGGUCGUGGACACAUAAUGCAGCGCAGCAACAGUGACGUCACCCUUGGCGAUUUGGAUUCAACAGGGCAGGUCGGGAGGAAGUUGCUUCGAGCAGGGGGGGACAAAACUGGGACUGCGGGGCAGGGAGAGUCCCUCCACCGGGAAUACGGCAGCCUCUCCUCACUGGAGCGACAGACACAGUCCGUAGAUCCUGGAGCCGAAGAACAAGGCACUCUCAGUCCCAAUGCCUUGCGCUUCAGAGAUCCGUUUGUUCUUCUGGGGCUGCAAGAGGCACCUCCUGAGCUGGACGGCUUGUAUCAAGGAAACUGUUCUCCAGCAGUAGACACUUCAAAACCGGUCAAGCCCCCGAAACCAGAGGGGCUCAGUAAGAAGGCCAAACCAUCCCCUCCACAGGCCCCUCAGUUUUCCUGUGAACAAGUCCCAGGCGGUGCUUGGGUGCGCAAUUUUGCACACUAUGACGUACAGAGCAUCCUCUUUGAUCUGUCGGAGGCUGCCACCAAUCGGGACAGCAUUGGGCGCAAGAAGAACAUCACAUCUGGUGCAUCAGCUGCCUCUCAACUCCGUCCGCUCUCACAAUCCACACCUUCCUCAGUUUCUCAGGGUGGAGGGGGCAGCACGGGAAGUGGGAGUAGUUCGGAGGAUGUAGAGCAGUCUUUGCUGGAUGAAGGAGAUGGGAACGAUAAUGAUCUCCUGCUCAGCUGUCCUCACUUUCGGAAUGAGAUGGGUGGCGAGGAGAGCGUGGGGCUUGGCCUGCACAGCAGGUGCAGGUGGAGGAGUCUUCAAAGCCCCAACGAUGCUGUUUCCGUGUUAGAGGAACCCAGGGAGAGCCACGUCCAGCCCCAGGGAAAAAGUAACUACUUCAUAGAGCAUGCAGACCUUGGGGCUCGUUACUAUCACAAAUACUUCUACAUGAAAGACCAUCAGAAUUUCUUUGGCAUCGAUGAUCGUUUGGGGCCAGUGGCUGUCAGUUUUCGCAGAGAGGAAAAAGAGGGAUCAAGUGGGUCCCAGUACAACUACAGAAUCAUUUUCAGGACCACUGAACUGAAGACCCUGAGAGGUUCAAUCAUGGAGGAGUCUGUUCCCUCCGCAGCACGUCACACCACGCCACGUGGCCUUUCACCCAAGAGACUGCUGGAGUUUAUUUUGCCUGAGCUCAACCUACAUUGCCUCAGACUGGCCUCCACGUCCCCUAAAGUUAGAGACACACUCCUUAAACUGGAUGAGCAGGGGUUGAAUUUCCAGCGUAAGGUGGGGGUUAUGUACUGCAGAGCAGGACAAAGUACUGAAGAGGACAUGUAUAACAAUGAGAGUGCUGGCCCAGUGUUUGAUGAGUUUCUGGACCUUCUUGGAGACAGAGUGCGACUCAAGGGCUGGGAGAAAUACAGAGCUCAACUAGACACCAAAACUGACUCCACAGGAACACACUCACUGUAUACUCGCUACCAGGAUUAUGAGAUCAUGUUCCAUGUCUCCACCAUGCUUCCAUACACGGCCAACAAUACACAACAGUUACUGAGGAAGAGGCACAUAGGGAAUGAUAUUGUCACAAUAGUCUUCCAGGAGCCAGGUGCUUUACCCUUCACCCCCAAAGCCAUCCGUUCUCACUUUCAGCAUGUAUUCAUCAUUGUCCGAGUACACGAGCCCUGCACCGACAACACCUAUUACAGAGUUGCAGUAACUCGUUCCAAGGACAUCCCUCUCUUUGGUCCUCUCUUCCCUAAAGGUGCACGCUUCCCACGUUCCUCUGCCUUCCGUGACUUUCUCCUUGCCAAAGCCAUUAAUGCAGAGAAUGCAGCUGAGAAAUCGGAAAAAUUUCGCUCUAUGGCCACGCGUACACGGCAAGAGUACUUGAAAGACCUGGCGGAAAACUAUGUCACCACCACACCCAUUGAUUCUUCCACCAAAUUCCCGCUGCUGUCACUGGGCGGGAAGCGCAAAGAGAAGUUGAAGGGAGCUAAAGGUGCAGAGCUUCAUAGCGCAGGCGCUUUAGUGUGGGCCGUCACCGUCAUUCAGGGCGGUGAGAGCAACGGUCUUAGCCUGUCCUGCCUGCUUGGCGUGUCAGCGGAGUCAGUCGUGCUCAUAGAGCGAUCCACUAGAACAGUCGUGUUCAACUGCAGCUGCCGCGAUGUCAUCGGUUGGAAAGCCGUGACCGAGAUUGGAGCACAGGGUGGCCUUUGCCUGGAUAUCUUCUACGAGAGAGGCGAGGCAGUGACCGUGACAAUGUUGGACAGCCAAGUUGAGGAUAUUAAGGAGGUUGUCCAGAGGCUGGAGCUGGUAACACGAGGCUGUGAGGCGCGUGAGAUCACACCCCUGCGGGACGGAGUAGGUCAGCCUGGCUUCCUGAUGAGUGAGGAAGGCUUUGUAACUGAGCUGCAGCGGUUUGGAUAUGCAGAGAGCGGUGGGUUGCAGUUGGGGGCUCGUGUUGUUCGUCUCUGUGGUCAGGUCCUGGUCCACCUCAGCCAGGAAGAGAGGAGCCGACUCCUCCGCACGGCACAGAAGAUUCACAUCACCGUCAUUCCUCCAGACGAGAACGGGAAACCACGCAGGAGUUUCUCUGAGCUAUACCAGAAAGCCAUCCAGGAUGCAGAAAGCAAAUCCGGAGAGGGACGAUCGGGUGAGGCCUGGGUUCUGGAUGACGACGACGAUGAUGAUGGUGAUGAAGGGGAGGAAGAGGAGAAGAAAGAGAAUGAAAAUAAGAUGUAUGACAUUGAAACACCGAAACAGGAACUACUUGUAGAGCAGAUGGGAUUUCCUGAGCCCAUGGAUACAGAUUCGCUCCUCUCCCCACCCAGCUUGCCCCUCUUGCGGGCAACCUCCCUGCAGGACAGCAUGAAGAGUCAGACCCCAGAAAUCACCCCUGUCUCUCUCACACGAAGCUACUCAUUAGAAGGACACCCUCCAUACCAGGACAUCCUUGAAGGACAUGUGUACGAUAAUGUGGGGCUGAAAGGAAACAGGCACAUCUAUGAAAACCCUGGAGAGCUUAGGGAUGUGACCCCUGACCUCAUACUGGCAGUCAAACCUAAAGUGCCUCCAGAGCAAGAGGAAGAGUUUGGACCUGAUCUGGAGACUGAGGAGCGGCCAUCGGUCAGUGAUGUGACCAUGAGAACUUCCUGCAUGGAAAGUGCAGAAAGAAACUCCAGAGCUCUGAGCCUCCAUAACUCCAUCACUAAGAUUCUCUCAGAGACAACAGAUUCAUCUGAGGAGGAGUGGCAGUCGAUUUCUGAUCUGGCCAGCGCCUGUCGGAACAUUCUGGAAGCUUUGUCUCAAGAAGAUCGGAAGUCAGGAGAUGGAACUCAAGAGACUAUGACCCAGUCAGGUCAGACAGAAACCAAGUUUAAAGACUUCAAGGACAGUGACUCGCCUGGUCACCUCGAGGAGAAAGUGUCCCAGUUAGAAGCCAUGCUGAAGCGACUGCAGGACGACCUCCAAAAGUCCUUGCCCUCUUCGCUACUUCAAAGAGCCACUGCUGCUUCACAGAGCCAAACAAACAGAGGGACUGUAGAGGUAGGGCGGGACAAGCAAAAGAAACCUGUCUUGUCAUUGAGCAGGGUGAACAGAGGAGAUGAGAAGAUUGCUGGAGGGACAAUGGGCAGCCAUGCUCAAUCUCAACACUAACCGACCAAUGGCAGUGAAGGAGAAGGAGGACAAGGCAGUGCUGCAAGCAGAGGUGCAAAGUCUCAGGCAGAACAACCAGCGGUUGCAGGAAGAGUCCCAGAGUACCGUGGCGCGACUCAUUAAGGUCACCGAACUGCUCUGCAACGUCAACAAACCCUGCUAGCAUUGAAGGCCAAACCAUGGCAGCAAGCAAGAUCAACAGACACAUCUAAAGGCCAAUGAAAAUGUUAGCAAAUCUAGCAAACAAAGCCCUAAAAACUUCUCUUAAGUGACAAGAACAUUGACAAGCCUUACUCGAAAAGUGGUCGACUAAAGUACAUUCUCACUCAAAAUAUACUAUAAUUAACAAGUCAUCACCAUCUCUGUUGCACCCUAAAAGGUUUUCAGGGCUAGAUUUACAUAUAGUCCCAUCACUGUGACAGCUUGUUAACAAUGAUAGCCUUCGGUGCAAGAACCAGUUUCGAAGGAAACUCUUAAUCAUUACUAUUUUGGAAGCAUGACCUUAACAUCGGCUAGUGUUGUUGACAAGCAGUUCAAAUCCAUCUGACUAUCUAAAAGUAAUUAUUUGCAACCCUCAGACCUGACUAUAGAAGACAUAGAGUGACAUUAACUUUUCAAAAUCAUAUUAUACUUUAAGUAUUUCUUCCCUACUCUGAAUUUUUCAUCAUAUUCCUACAUAGUGAACCAGACGGUCACAAACAAACUAUCGUGUCCAGAUACCUAGCAAUACAUUCCCCUUACUUGUGUUGAAAUGGCUUCAGGAGUUCCAGACCAUGUACUUCAGUGUAUAUACGGUUUAUUACUAGAAGAAAAUUAUUAAAAUGUCAGUGUGACUGUAACCCUCUAUUAACCAUCACAGUGUCAGAAACAGGUAGAACCCAAUCUAACCUUUUCUCUGUUGGCAAUGGAUAAAAGGCUGGCUUCUCACUUAUAUCUAACGUGAAUAUGCUAACAUAACAACAUCAAGAGCGAUGCAAAUUAACAAUGAAAAUCAACAGUUUUUUUUUGUUUGUGACUACCCUUGUGAAAAAUUGUAUUGAAUGUGCACUUGAAGUGUACUUCAAUACUUAAAAGUAUAUUUUUAAAAACUCGUACUUGCAGGCCUAUUACUGAAAUAAAAGGCCACUUAAGUGUACUUAUAGAGAGUACACUCAUGAUUGUUUCUUAACACACUUAAGUGCACUUUUAAAUCAUCAUUUUAAUAAUCUUUUGCCUUGCUUCAAAGAAGUACACUUAUUUUGAUAUGUUGACUAAAGUUUGGGACACACUUAAUGACUAGCUAAAACAUUCUAAGACUGAGCUCAACACAGAAAGACUGUUUCCUUCGAGUGAAGCCGAUUUAAAUGCUUACACACGGAAUUUAAACAAACACCGACUGAACGAAACUGGCUCUGACUCGGCACAUUUGGGUAUGAUCAGUCGUAAGUAUCAAAUUACAUUCACAAUCGGCCUUGCAAUCGUUAAGCGUGUCCUUGGCUUAACAUACUAAAGCACAGUUACUAAUGUUAAUAUAUUUUAAAUGUACUAAACUGCAACUUCCUCAUUACAAAUGUGUAAUUACAAAUAUAUUUAAAUUAAUGACAUACAACUUUUAAUAGAAAUGACGGUAUAUUUUAGUUUAACAUAAAUGCUUGUCGGUACAUUUUUCAAAGACAAUAGAAAUAAUUAUGAAAUUAAUAUAAAAAUGUACUUAAGUGGGUCAAAAAAUCACUCUAAUUCAAACUAUAAUACAUUUUCUUUUAAUUGCAGUUAUUUACAUUUAGCACUAAUUACAUUCAGUUUGCACAAGUAUAUUCUUUUAAAGUAUAUUAUUUCUGUAUUAAGUACUCAUUAUAAAAAAAUGUGCUUUUUAAAAGUAUACUUUUUCACAAGGGACAAGUCAAAAAAUUUUCGAUGGUAAUCGACAGCAUGAAACAGUUGUCAGCAGAGCUUAAGUUGAAGCUGGAAUAUUCCACAAAAUAUUUGGAGGCAAAAAUUAAUUCCUGCUUUGAAUAGCCAGUUGAAUUUAGAAUUUAGACUCACUAGACACUUUUUUAAUUGAUCAUGGAAAUUUUGUGACACACCAGAGAGAAGAAAUUGCUCAUUUAACACCUUUUCACAGUUGUUGAGCUGUGAUUUUAGCAAUGGGACAAAGUGUCUGACAUUUGAACUUUUUUAAUUUCUGUGUGUGUGUGUGUGUGUGUGUGUGUGUGUGUGUGUGUGUGUGCGUGUGCAUGUUUUUUUAAGCCUUAUGUCUGAUCCCACUGAAUCUGAAUGAGCCUUGCAGACACCUGCAGGAAAGACAUUGAUUUGAGAAGAAAACAAUCCUUAGUGUUAAGUUACGAAGGGAAGCAAUGACUUAAAGUAGUACAUUUCUAUUUAUAAAGAUUGCUGCCGAUUUGAAUCAAGUGUUUGCUGCUCACAAAGUUUUAAGAGACAAGCCAGACCAGUUCUACUUUGUUCUCACACAAAUUGCCUAGAGUGCUUUACGCUGAAUUGUGAGACGGCACAUAUUUAUAAAAUUGCUAUUUUGUCUCUUUUAUUUUCCAUAUCGCACCCAAAUAUCACUCUUUACCUCACCUAAAGGUGCACUGAUAAUAACAUGAAAAUGUGAUGAGAAGAAGAGCAAAUUGACUGGACUCUUACCUGCACACACACACACACCGGACUGAAGCUGAACGAAUCACACGGCACCACCACAAACCUACAUGCAAAGGGAAACGAAGCGAAAUGUUAAAUAUCCAUCCGUCAGCAUUACUGUAUGUCAUACAUGUCUUCUGCCCUUCAAAUGUUGAGGUUUUUUAUUUUAGAGUCACUGUGAUAAACUGGUACCAGCAGAUUCUGAUGUAUUACAAUGAAAUUAUAAAUCUAUAUCUUUAAUCCUCUCUGUGAAGAAACGUAGAGCCAAAAUAAGUGUUACUUCCCUCUGAUGUGUGUAAGUCUAUAUCCAGAUGGAGCUGGAGUUUACUGAUUAGUUGUUAAGUGGAGAAUUUGUUGAGUUUGAUGAAUGCAGCGCAAUUAUUGUUACAGCAAGGAAGAACACUGAUGCAGCUUUUAUGCAAUCAGUAAUGCAUUUUGUGGGGUUUACUUAGCAAAAGAGCAAUGUAAAAGAACUAUUUCCUGUUCAUCUGUGUGCGACAUAGUCUUUUAGAUUGUAGGAGGCUGUGAAAGCACGCGAGUGCAACAAGCAAUUUCUAAGCCACCUUCUGUAUCUGUGUAUGUAUUUAUAAAAAUGUUAUAACUUAUUAAUCUUGAAAAUGUGGAUGUUAUUGCUAGAUAUGUAUAUUUGAACUGGAAGGGAAGCGAUGCAAAAUUGUGAUCCAAUGAAUGUUUAUUUUAUUUUAGUUUUAAAUUGUAAGAUUAAGGCAUGACAUGAUAGCAGGUCAUAUUUUGAAUUAUUGGAAUAAUUACAACCGUCGAGGCGUUUUCCGUAGUGGAAAAAUACUCUCUGAUAUUACACUGGAAACAAACUCAAAGGGACAGUGCGAGUUACAACCGUGGCUGCUUGAAAAAUUGUGUGACAUUCCAUCUCUUCAUGUUCUUAAUAAUUUUAUCAUUAUUUUUUUAUUGUCAAAGCUGUAUUAUAAAUGUACCUUUUGUUCGAUACUGAAAUGUUAACUCUUUAACUGCUGUGGUGACCCAAGUGGUUUCCAGUAAAAAAAAAAAAAAAAAAAAAAAAAUUCAUUGUUAUAAAUGAUUGGAUCAGGAUCAUUUGUCAGCAAAACUUAUCUGAAAAACAAAUCAAAACAAAUGAAUUUAGACUAAAUUACACAUUUGUGACUUGAAAUUCUUCAAUGUAUUUUAAAGGGACAGGUUGGCAAAUGUCAAACUUAUCCCUAUCUCUUUUUUAAUGAUAUGGUAUUUUAUGGGGCCAUACAUGCUUUUCAUCUUAGAGUCAUGCUUACUGUUUGAUUUAUGUAUUAAUGAUGCAAUUCUGUUGUUUACAAAAUGUUGAUUUUGAUUUAAAUGUGAUACUUGUAUAUGCACUGAAACAUCUGUAAGGACUUUUAAAGUACAGCCUGCUUUCACUGGAACAAAGCCACGGUCACUCCAGGGAAUGAAGCCAUGCAAAUCAUGCAGAUAAACUAGCAUAGUCCGCUGGAAAUUUGUGAGUGGAUUGUUGUAGUGCCAAAUUUUAUAAUGUUCCACUACCAACAACUGUGGUAUUUACAGACUGUACAAUUAAAAGCCUCUUAUAAACUAUCCGAACCACUCCUAUGAAUGUGCAUUUUCCACUGUUAGCCGAACAUUCCUUGAUGUGUUGCUUUUUAAUGUCAUGUUGCUGGCCGUGUCAUGCCCAAGGACAGAUUUACAGAUUAACUUAGUUCCUAUUAGUAGUUACUAUACAUACUGAUGUCAAUGACUGUUCUAAAUUGCCAAACCUGCCAACAAAUAGCAUUAUUUCUACUAAUCCCAUAAAUUAUCAGCUCCCGAAACAGAAUCACUAGUUAGCAGGCACUUUUAUAAAUAAGUAUUGUCACAUAAAAAAAUGAAUAAUGUAGGUGUAUGGCAAACCACAAACCCACACACUAUGCACACUGGUCUGUGAUAUCCGGAAAGAAUUAUGACUGGACCAACAGGAAUAUGCCAUCCAGUCAAAAUAUACUAAGAAAUGGUAUGGUGAUCACUGGAGCUAUACUUGUUUCUUUUAACUAAUAGGGAUUGAUCAAGUAUUGUAUAUGUGAACCUGAGGGAUCCUGGCAAUAAAAACUGAACUUGUUUCUGUACAA